CAGCAUGAUGGUAAAAAGUAUAAAAGUAAAGAAGAAAAUAAAUAAAAAUAAUAAUACAAAAACAAAUAAUAAAAAAAGUUACUCUUUGGUCCCACAUCCACGUCUCUCUCUCUCUCUCUCUCCCUCUCAUUUCCCUGUUCUGCAUACUUACAUUCUCUCUCUAUAUUAUAGUUUGGAAAAAUAAUACCACUCUAUAGUUUUGUUCUUCUGGGUUUGUCCCUCUCUCUCUCUCUCUCUCUCUCUCUCUCUCUCUCUCUCUGAGAUUUUUUGUCUGCUAGCUUUCAAGAGAAAAUAGUGCUCACUUACCGUAAAAAGCUAAUAAAAGCUCAGCAGAAGGACACUCCAUUUCUGUUCUGUUGCAAUCUUCAUUUCCAGUGAAGAGCCUUGCAUGUCUUUGCUCAUCCCUUAAAUUUUCAGGACUCAGAUUGAGAUGGGUUUUUAGUUUUCAAGACCUGGGAGGAACAAAAGAAAACUUUUUCAGACACUUCAAUUUGGAAAUUUCAGCAGCAAUUAUUAUGCGACGACUUGUGAGGCUUGGAUCAGAUAACACCUGCAAACAAGAAGUUUUCCUGUUUUUCAUCAAAAGGGUAUAGUUGCAUGGACCAAAUUUGCGUUUCUCUGUUACAAAUUUUACAUUUUCAUUAGGAUGUUUUAGGGUGGUUUGGAUCCGUGGUUGCAGCUGCCAUGGAUUUCAAGUGACUUCAAAUUUAAGGUCCGAAGGUUUUUGUGUCAACUUUUUCUGUUUAAUUUUCUGAAGGGGUGUAGCAACUCUUGAAAAAGGAGAACAUAAGGCUGAAUAGCUGUUACCGGUUAGAAACUUACAAGUAUCUCAGCUGAAAAUGAGUUCAAGAGUAGAUACUGAUGAAGAUAGUGAUAUCAAAGGUAGCAUGUGGGAUUUGGAUCAGAAGCUUGACCAGCCUAUGGAUGAAGAGGCAGGAAGGCUUAAAAAUAUGUACAGAGAAAAAAAAUUUUCUGCACUGUUGCUCCUGCGGCUUUCAUUUCAGAGUCUUGGGGUAGUUUAUGGAGACUUGGGUACUUCACCCUUGUAUGUUUUCUACAAUACAUUUCCUAAUGGUGUCAAAGAUCAGGAGGAUGUAAUCGGAGCUCUUUCUUUGAUUAUCUACUCUCUUACCUUGGUACCACUCCUCAAAUAUGUUUUUGUUGUAUUAAGAGCGAAUGACAAUGGACAAGGUGGAACAUUUGCACUUUAUUCCUUGCUUUGCCGACAUGCAAAGAUAAAAACCCUUCCCAACCAGCAUCGAACUGAUGAAGAGCUAACGACAUAUAGUCGGUCUACCUUCCAUGAAAGGUCCUUUGCUGCAAAAACGAAAAGAUGGUUAGAGCAACAAGAAUCUGCAAGGAGUGUCAUUCUUAUUCUUGUUCUUGUUGGCACCUGCAUGGUUAUUGGAGAUGGGAUUCUUACCCCAGCGAUAUCUGUUUUAUCAGCUGUUGGUGGCAUCAAGGUAAACCAGCCUACAAUGAGUAGUGGUGUUGUAGUGCUGGUUGCUGUGGUAAUAUUAGUUGGGUUCUUCAGUAUGCAACAUUAUGGGACCGAUAAAGUUAGUUGGCUCUUUGCUCCAAUUGUCCUUCUUUGGUUUCUCCUAAUUGGAAGUAUAGGUAUUUUUAACAUCUGGAAGUACGGAAGCAGUGUUCUAAAAGCUUUUUCUCCAGUAUAUAUAUAUCGCUAUUUUAGAAAAGGAGGAAAAGAAGGCUGGACUUCCCUUGGUGGGAUCAUGCUCAGCAUAACAGGGACAGAAGCUCUUUUUGCUGACCUAGCCCAUUUUCCAGUCUCAGCUGUACAGCUUGCAUUUACUCUAGUUGUAUUUCCUUGUCUUCUUUUAGCCUAUUCUGGUCAAGCUGCUUAUCUUAUGAAUAAUUUGAGCCAUUCUCAAGAUGCUUUUUACCGUUCAAUUCCAGAUAAAAUAUACUGGCCAGUAUUUAUUGUUGCAACAUUGGCAGCCGUAGUUGCAAGCCAGGCCACAAUAACUGCAACUUUUUCAAUUAUUAAGCAAGCCCUUGCUCUUGGAUGUUUCCCUAGAGUAAAAGUUGUAUAUACAUCAAAGAAAUUCCUUGGCCAGAUUUAUGUUCCAGAUAUUAAUUGGAUCCUUAUGGUUCUUUGCAUAGCUGUCACCGCUGGGUUUGAAAAUCAAAACCAGAUUGGAAAUGCAUAUGGUACUGCAGUUGUGAUAGUAAUGCUAGUUACAACAUUCCUUAUGAUUUUAAUCAUGAUACUAGUGUGGCGCUGCCACUGGAUUCUUGUCCUCAUCUUCACUAGUUUAUCAUUGAUUGUGGAGUGCACCUACUUCUCCUCAGUCCUCUUCAAAGUUGAUCAGGGUGGGUGGGUUCCACUUGCAAUUGCUGGAGCAUUUCUGAUUAUUAUGUCUGUUUGGCAUUACGGCACUGUGAAACGCUAUGAGUUUGAAAUGCAUAGUAAGGUCUCAAUGGCAUGGAUUCUGGGUCUUGGCCCAAGUUUAGGACUUGUCAGGGUUCCUGGAAUUGGAUUGGUCUACACCGAACUUGCAAGUGGAGUGCCCCACAUUUUUUCUCAUUUCAUUACCAACCUUCCAGCCAUUCAUUCUGUUGUUGUUUUUGUAUGUGUGAAGUACCUUCCUGUCUACACAGUCCCAGAAGAAGAGAGAUUCCUUGUCAAGAGAAUUGGACCUAAGAAUUUCCACAUCUUUCGAUGUGUGGCACGGUAUGGCUACAAAGACCUGCAUAAGAAAGAUGAUGAUUUUGAGAGAAAACUCUUUGAGAAUCUUUUCACAUUCGUUCGGCUCGAGUCUAUGAUGGAAGGAUGUUCAGAUUCAGAUGAAUACAGUUUGUAUGGACAGCAAAUAGAGCAUCCAAGAGAUGGCCUUUUGCAUAACAAUGGAAGCACAGUUUCUUCCAAUAUGGAUUUAACCAUGUCCUCAGUAGAUUCAAUAGUACCAGUCAGAUCACCACAUGACAUGAAUAUUACGAUCAGGUCUUCUGGUCAAACAAGCAACCAGACCGAAGUAGAUGAACUUGAAUUUUUGAAUAGCUGCAGGGAUGCUGGGGUGGUUCACAUUCUAGGAAACACAGUUGUGAGGGCAAGGAGAGAAUCAAGGUUCUACAAGAAAAUAGCUGUUGAUUAUAUAUAUGCAUUUCUUAGGAAGAUAUGCAGGGAAAAUAGUGUGAUCUUCAAUGUUCCUCAUGAGAGUCUCUUAAACGUUGGUCAAAUUUUCUAUGUAUAGUAAAUAGCCCAUGCCCUUCUGUGAUUGCCAUUUUUUCUGCGAAGUUGAGCUAAGUGUAGCAUAAGAGCAACUAAACUUUGCUUAUGGUAAUCAAUGUUUCUGUUCAGAGGAAUUGACUUAGAAGAAUGGUUUUUUGGCAA